CAGUGAAUCAAAGUUGUUUUCCCUCUGAUGAAAUAUUCACACGACAUUACUCCUCCGCUGAAUUAACAUUUUGAGCUACAAUGUCAGCUAAACUAUUGUCUGUGAACAGUCCAGUUUUCAAGUGUUUGAAAAGUUUACACAACCGCUCGGCACGAGGCUUUAGCGUUGGAGCUGCUUCCCUUGGUUCAGUGAGUUUAAAGGGUCGUAGUUGUCUCACACUGAAAGAUUUCAGCUCAGAUGAAAUCAAGAAGCUGUUGUGGGUGUCAGGGGAUUUAAAACAUCGGAUCAAACAUGAAAAACAGUAUCUCCCUCUUCUGCAAGGAAAGUCUAUUGCUAUGAUAUUUGAGAAGAGGAGCACCAGAACAAGAAUGUCCACAGAAACAGCUUUUGCUUUGCUGGGCGGACACCCCUGUUUCCUCACCUCUCAGGAUAUCCACCUGGGAGUGAAUGAGAGUUGUACAGACACAGCUAGGGUUCUCUCAGGACUCUGUGAUAUUGUUUUGGCACGAGUGUACAGCCACUCCACACUGGAGGAGCUGGAUAAGGAAGCCUCCAUCCCCAUCAUCAAUGGUCUGUCUGACCUUUACCACCCAAUCCAGAUUCUGGCUGACUUCCUCACUUUACAGGAGCAUUAUGGGUCCCUCAGUGGAUUAACAGUGAGCUGGAUUGGAGAUGGCAACAAUGUCCUCCACUCCUUCAUGAUGGCCGCAGCCAAACUGGGAGUUCAUCUCAAGAUUGCUACACCAAAGGGGUAUGAGCCAGAGAAGAGCAUUAUUCAGGAGGCACAGAGACUCUCCAAAGAGCAUGGGACCCAGCUUGUCCUGACCUCCGACCCCAUGGAGGCUGCCCACGACAGCAAUGUUUUGGUGACUGACACAUGGGUCAGCAUGGGACAGGAGGAGGAGAAGAAAAAGAGGCUCAAAGACUUUCAAGGUUACCAGAUAACAAUGCAGACAGGAAGUGUGGCCAAACCAGACUGGACCUUCCUGCAUUGUCUCCCCCGUAAAAUAGAGGAGGUGGAUGACCAGGUAUUCUACUCCUCUCGCUCCCUCGUCUUCCCUGAGGCAGAGAAUAGGAAGUGGACAAUCAUGGGUCUGAUGGUUUCUCUCCUGACUGACUACACUCCACAGAACCCCAUGAUAAAGUUAUAACUUCAGGUCUUAAGGUGACGGUUAAUUGGUGUUAUGAUCAUGUAUGACAGUCAUACUGCAGGUGAAGCAGGGGCUGAUUUCCAGCUGACUCAUGGAUAACAAUGCAAGGCUAGAUGGAUUUCUCCAAAGGAAUUGCGUUUACAUUGGUUAAUUCACUUUCAGAUUGAGUACACACACAGUGUUUGCUUUCAAUAGGAGACUGUUGCCAUGCAAAGUUUUGCAUUUACAUUCUACGUUUACUGUGAUUGAGAGCCAGGAUUGUGGCAAGUUUGAGGUUUAUAGUGAAAAUGUCUUCGUUAGAUGUGUGUUACAAAAAAGGAAAAGAUAACCGUUCUGCAACAUUCUCCAAUAGUGACUUGUACGAGGAAUCAGACCAAGUUCCUCAGACUUAUACCACUGUUUUAGUCUAUGACAAUCAUGUGUACUGAACAUUACAUUGCUGCAGGCUGAGUGUAACAGUUUUACAUUUCUGAAUCAGCAAAGUAAGAAAGUCAGCUUGUCAGCUAGUGAAAGAUAAAUGACAACAAUAGUAUGGAUCACAUGUAAUUAUAUACUGUACAAGGUUAAGAUCCCAUUGAAUGGCAAGUGAAUCCUGGCAAGUAUCAGCGAGUAUCAGUUAGGGCUGAACGAUUUUAGGAAAAUAAAUAACCUUCUGGCAGAUAAUAUUAUUCUAUAUAAUAAUAUUCUGGCAGAUAUUGCUAUUUCAAUUUGAUUCACGGUUUUCUUCAAAUCAAGCUUCAGUGCAAUAUUCACAAUGUACAGUAACAUUUACAAACAUGACAGAAAAUUACAUCAUACCAUUAAAACAUUAAAUGCCAUUACUCUAAUGCAAGAAUGAAAACUAAAGUUAAGAAUUGAUUUCAGAUGUAUUUAAGAAACAUGCAUGUACAUUCUAUGAAGUUUUUGAACAAUGGCAGUUAUUUUUCUAGACUUUUCACCGGACUUUUUCGUCAUGCAAAUGCCUGUGGUGAUUUCAAGUGCCGGUAUAAAUUGGUUGCGUUUCUGCUGGAUGUUGCAACUUUAGCGCGACAGGUUUUUGCACAGUACCUGUUUCUGGUGCACGUCUGCAGCCUCAAACCCGAAAUACUCCCAAAUGACCAACGUGCUGUUUUUAUUGGGGAUUAAAUCCCGUAACUCCGCUUCUGGUCCAGCUGAAGCCAUUUCAGAAAUUAAGGAGCAGGUGCAGCAGGUUAUACUGAUUGCGUUAGCGUGACCUGUCCACGAGCAGCAUGCCGCUUCUGAUUGGUGAGCUUGGUAGGUAGGGAGUAUAGACUCUAUAAAACAUGGACGUAGCACCUGUGACGUCACCCAUUGGUUUC